AUGGCAUUCGCGGGCCUGGAGCUGCGGUACCCCAGGGCGCUCGACCCCCGCCCAAGCUGGACGCUGGGCGAUGUCCUCACCGACGCACUCGAAGCCACCCGCCGCUCCGCGCCGCCCACGCCCCUCAAGCAGCCGCCGGAGUGGGCUAGCGGUGGCAACAUGAGGGAGAAGGCCUUUGUGAUGCGGGUUGAGGAGGAAGACCACUCGGAAGAGGAAGACGAUACCAGUGAUGAGGAUGCCGGGGCUCUUGCGACCACCGGGGCAAGGUUCUCAUGCAAUGAUCUCGAAUCCGGAUUUGAAGAUUCUGGAGAUGAAAUAAAUUGCAGCAGUACACCAUAUCACCUGAUGGAGAAAAGGAGCCUAGAGAAGAGCAUUCUGCUUGAGCUGGAACUUGAGCAUCAUCUGAAAAUUCAAGAGGAAGUUAGAAGUAAGCUAUCUUCAUUGGAGGUAUGCCAUCAAAAUGAAAUCCAGAGAACAGUUUCUGCAUUUGCCCGACUUCAGAAAUAUGCAGAAUCACGAAAAGAGGUAGAUAGAAGGCUGGAUGUCCAGUUCCACAGAAAAAUUGCAGAAGUACUUGAUAAACACUUGUCUUUGGUACAAAGGGAUCAUGAACAGAAAUCCCAGAUUGUGGAACGUAGAAUAAGAGAUGAUGCAGCUGUUGAAGAAGCUAAAAAAAAGGAUCAAUCUAUGAAGGAAGAAAAAGUAAAUCAGGAAAGGACUAGAAAAGAAGCAGAGAACAGUGUUUUGCAUGCAACAACGGUGAACAGCAUUGGAGUCAAAUCAGAAUUACCAGGAAUCAAAGUUUUUGCUGAUAGUAUCGCAUUAGAAGCGGAAUCGCGGAGGCGCGCAUUACAUGAUCAAGUGCCUUCAAAUAUUCACCUAAGCAAGGAGUAUAGCCAAUAUAGCCGACAAAUUGGGAAGUCAAUUGGUAAACUUACACCAACUACUGACAGUGUCAAAGCCAGGGCUAGUGAGCUUAUUAAAGCUUUAGAUGGACAAGAUUGUCCUCAUCUUAUCGCUUGUCGUUUAUUUGCAGACAAGAUGAUUUCAAUAGUCAAGACUCGAAAUACAAAGGACAAAACCUUUGGACCGUUAGCCUUUGCUUGUGGCUAUGUAAUGCUACUAGUCACUAAUCAGGUACCAGAUGCAAUGGAUUAUCUUCUAGCCGAGUUCCACAAAGUUUGCAUGUACACAGUUCCAAAGCAUCUGCAUGCUUUAAAUGCACAAGCACGAAACUCGGAUUACUACAGGCUUAUUGGCUACCAGGAAGAAGAUGAAAAAUCUCAGAGCACUGAGUCGUAUUUGGUAAAUGUUGUUGCGUACGUCAAACUGUAUGCUGCCAUGAUUCAGACAGAAAUCAAGGGUAUGCCGCAUCCACAUGGCUUAGCCGAGGGAUGGAAAUGGCUCGCGAUGUUCCUCAAUACUCUCCCAGCCAUCACAGCCACUGCUUUUGCCCUUCAUGCUUUCCUCAAGAUGGCCGGUUUCGCACUAUACAAGAAAUAUGGAUCGCAGUUCAUGAAGAUCCUAGAUGUAAUAUCGCGUCGCUUCAUACCAGCUCUGAAAGAACAAGGCGUAAAGGUCCAGGCAGAGGCUAUCAGCAGCCUGCAGAAUUAUCUGGACGACAAGGUUUAUCUGGAGGAGCCGGAAGGGCGGUACCUCGCCCAGCACCUGCUGUCGCAAGUGUUCAUUGAAGAUGAUCAACACCGGACGGCUACCAGCGGGCGCGCUCCGGUUUCAUGGAGGGAGUAA